GGGCAGAUUUGAUUUUCCCGCAGCCCGGGCACCCCGGAGCCGGAGCCCAAGCCUGGCAAGUGGCGCUUGCAACCGCGUCUCAACCCCGCUGCCGCCCGCGCCGAGACCCAGCGAAAGGCGGCGCAGCCCAGGCGCUCCGGGCUCCGCGCUGUCCGCGCCCCGCCACCCCCGCCGCCUGCGCCCCAUCCGGCCCCUCCAGUCCCCCAGGCUCCUCUCCCGGUCUCCCGUAGCCCCUCUACCCCGGCCCACGGCUGCACGCACGCCCCUUUCUCUGUUCCCCUCUCCACGACUCUGCGCGUUCCUCCCAGCACCCUCUCCCCGCGCCCCUCUCUGCCUCUCCCCGCUGCGCCCCAGCUUCCCGGGCUCUUUGCCCCUCCCGCUGGGCCCCUAGCCUCUUUGCGGCGUCACCCGAGCCCCCUCUUGGAUUCGCUGCCCCCGCUCCCUCCGCCCUCUUCCCUCUCUCACUUCCCACGCCCCCUCUUCGAGCUCCUCUCUCCUCCCCUUGCCGCCCAGCCCUGGCUCUGGAGUUGGGGGAGAGCCCAGGGCUCCAGCCGCUCUGGAGGAGGCGUGAAUCGCGCAGGGAUUGACUAAUUUGGGGUGGGGGUGCGGUGGGCGAUGGAGCAGCCCGAGGACAUGGCGUCGCUGAGCGAGUUCGACUCCUUGGCGGGCAGCAUCCCGGCCACCAAGGUGGAGAUCACCGUGUCCUGCAGGAACCUCUUGGACAAAGAUAUGUUUUCCAAGUCUGACCCAUUGUGCGUCAUGUAUACUCAAGGGAUGGAGAAUAAGCAGUGGCGGGAGUUUGGGCGCACAGAAGUCAUCGACAACACACUCAAUCCCGACUUCGUGCGCAAGUUCAUUGUGGAUUAUUUCUUUGAGGAGAAGCAGAACCUCCGCUUUGACCUAUAUGAUGUUGACUCCAAGAGCCCUGAUUUAUCAAAACACGAUUUCCUGGGCCAGGCUUUCUGCACCCUUGGAGAGAUUGUGGGGUCCCCUGGGAGCCGCCUGGAGAAGCCCCUCACGAUAGGAGCAUUCAGCCUGAAUUCCAGGACAGGCAAACCCAUGCCAGCCGUGUCCAAUGGUGGUGUCCCAGGGAAGAAAUGUGGCACCAUCAUCCUGUCGGCUGAGGAGCUCAGCAACUGUAGGGACGUCGCCACCAUGCAGUUCUGUGCCAACAAGCUGGACAAGAAAGAUUUCUUUGGGAAAUCCGACCCCUUCUUGGUGUUCUACAGAAGCAACGAGGAUGGAACGUUCACCAUUUGCCACAAGACCGAGGUCGUGAAGAACACCCUAAACCCGGUCUGGCAGACGUUCUCCAUCCCUGUGAGAGCCCUCUGCAAUGGAGAUUAUGAUAGGACCAUCAAAGUGGAGGUGUAUGACUGGGAUCGAGAUGGCAGCCAUGACUUCAUCGGGGAGUUCACCACCAGCUAUCGGGAGCUGGCCCGUGGGCAGAGCCAAUUUAACAUCUACGAGGUGGUAAACCCAAAAAAGAAAAUGAAGAAAAAGAAAUACGUGAAUUCUGGCACAGUCACCCUGCUUUCCUUUGCUGUGGAGUCAGAGUGUACCUUCCUUGACUACAUCAAAGGAGGGACCCAGAUCAACUUCACCGUGGCCAUCGAUUUCACUGCCUCCAAUGGAAACCCCUCACAGUCCACGUCCCUGCACUACAUGAGUCCCUAUCAGCUGAAUGCCUAUGCGCUGGCACUGACCGCCGUCGGGGAGAUCAUCCAGCACUAUGACAGCGACAAGAUGUUCCCUGCCCUUGGCUUUGGGGCGAAGCUGCCCCCGGAUGGCAGGGUGUCCCACGAGUUCCCGCUGAACGGCAACCAGGAGAACCCCUCGUGCUGCGGCAUCGAUGGCAUCCUGGAGGCCUACCACCGCAGCCUGCGCACCGUGCAGCUCUACGGCCCCACCAACUUCGCCCCCGUGGUCACCCACGUGGCCAGGAAUGCGGCGGCCGUGCAGGACGGCUCCCAGUACUCAGUGCUGCUCAUCAUCACGGACGGGGUCAUCUCGGACAUGGCGCAGACCAAGGAGGCCAUCGUCAAUGCUGCCAAACUGCCCAUGUCCAUCAUCAUCGUCGGUGUGGGCCAGGCAGAGUUCGAUGCCAUGGUGGAGCUGGAUGGUGAUGACGUGCGGAUCUCCUCCCGGGGGAAGCUGGCUGAACGGGACAUUGUCCAGUUCGUACCCUUCCGGGACUACGUGGACCGCACAGGCAACCACGUGCUGAGCAUGGCCCGCCUGGCCCGAGACGUGCUGGCCGAGAUCCCUGACCAGCUGGUGUCCUACAUGAAGGCACAGGGCAUCCGCCCGCGCCCCCCGCCUGCAGCACCAGCCCACUCACCCCCACAGUCCCCAGCCCACACUCCCCCUGCCUCCCCUCUGCAUACACACAUCUGAACCUGGUCCACAGCAGGCAGGUGAUUGGGGCCUGGGGGAGGCCCGUAGUAUAGUAGGCAGACUCCCACAGAUGGCCUGCCUGGCCUUUGGGACAUCUGUGUGUCAGGCCGGCAUGGGGCCACUAGAGACUCCUGUUCAGUUUCCUGGCCCCACUUACUGCCCAAACCCAGGCACUGGGGGAGGGUGCGUAGGGUUCUAGAUCCCAGCUCUUCUUUUUUUCUCCAGCACCUGGCUCUAGCCCAGCCAGGGUGGUGUUAGAAACAGUGAGGGCCCCUGGGGUCCCCUUUCCCCACCCCCAGGCAAUCCCACAUUGCUUCCUUAAUAUCCUGAAGCCUAGGCUCAGCCUCCUCCAGCCCCAGCCCCAUCCUCCAAUGGCAUCUACUCCUAUCCCUGGCCCCCACCCCAUUAUCUAUCCUGUACCCUAUUU